UAAUAUAUGAUAUAUACCAUUUCUCAUGUGCAAGAAUCAUAAGAGAAGAACCCAUACCCCUAUUUUGAGAGCUCUCUACCACAUUCUUCUUCUUUCUUCUACCCACUUAAACAUGGAAGAAGAACAAUUCAAUUUUAUAGAUUGUGAGGCUCAGACCACAUCUUCUUCUUACUCGAAUUCUACCACCUCUCCUUCUGCAGAAUCUCCGGCACGAAAAAUUAGCGAGAGAUCAUCAUCAUCGUCGUCAUCAAAUCAAAUACAACUACUUGAUGGUCAUGAGAAAGCUACUAGUACUAAUGAUGAUGAUGAUGAUGAUCAAAUUAGUAAGAAGAAAGCAAAGAUUAACAAUGGUAUUAAUGGUGAUGGGAGACAGCAGAGGCAUCCUCAUAAACCAACGUAUAGGGGAGUGAGAAUGCGUCAAUGGGGCAAAUGGGUCUCAGAAAUCCGAGAGCCAAGAAAGAAGUCAAGAAUUUGGCUUGGAACUUUUCCCACCCCCGAAAUGGCCGCUCGCGCACAUGAUGUCGCCGCUCUUACUAUCAAAGGCCGCUCUGCGGUGCUCAACUUCCCUGAGCUGGCUCAAGAGCUUCCUGUUCCGGCUUCCGCCUUGCCAAAGGACAUCCAAGUUGCUGCUGCCAAGGCAGCUGCAAGUACCUACCCAACUAGAAGCUGCAGAAGCAGCAGCCUUGAAGCAGAAGCGGAAGCCGAAACAGAGCUGAUCAGCCAAGCUGUUCAUGACAGCAGUACUCAUGAUUCAUCAUCAACUUCCCCAUCAAACAGUUACAACGAUGACAUGUUUUUUGACCUUCCUGAUCUGCUUUUAGAUGUUGGGCAUCACAGUGAUCCUGGGUUUCGCUUCUCUGUGCCAUGGCUUGAUGAAGAGCCGGAGUUCUUGUGGCAGUGACUCAGAUGUCAGAAACAAUGGGUCAAAAACAUGCAUCGAAGGAUUGAAGAAAUCAGCGGCUUAAUUGGCAAGUUUUAAUUGUUUAAAGUUGAUAUAUGUUGCUUGCUUUUGCUGCUGCUCCAAAGUCCAAGUAGUUACUCAAAUCAGGAAGCGCAACUUUUCAAUUUCCACAGGUUUGGUUUGGGAUUAUGUUGCUAAAAGUUCAGCUUAAUUAAUAAAUUUACUACUGUAUGGGUAUGGAAUA